AUGGCUUCGUCUGCGCCACAGGGAUCCGUCGAUCCUCUCGCCGGGAAAGAUCCGGCGAAGGCGUUAACUGCCGUAGCAUCUGGAUUCUUCGAUAAUGUGAAGAAGAACAAGCAGAGCUUCUUCCAGUUCGCCGCCAUGACUGGAAUUCUGCUUCUGAGCUUCCGAUCAGUAAGUCAGAAGUACCGAAUUCACGAUCUGGAGGAAGACACAUCCGUUCUCAAGAAGGAGAAAGAUAGUUUGACGGAUCGCAUGAGUAAAAUCAAGAGCGACCUUCUGCAUCAAGCGUCGAUUGACUCUACCGGCGCCUUUGCUUCUCGACUCCGCUUACUUUUCGGCGACGAGAAUAAGUGA